GCCAGCCACCAUGCUAGGUAGCAAGCGACUGGGGCUGUCCGGACUGACCCUCGCCCUGUCUCUGCUCGUGUGCCUGGGUGCGCUGGCCGAGGCGUACCCUUCCAAACCGGACAACCCGGGCGAGGACGCGCCAGCGGAGGACAUGGCCAGAUACUACUCGGCGCUGCGACACUACAUCAACCUCAUCACCAGGCAGAGGUAUGGCAAACGAUCUAGCCCAGAGACACUGAUUUCAGACCUCUUGAUGAGAGAAAGCACAGAAAAUGUUCCCAGAACUCGGCUUGAAGACCCUUCAAUGUGGUGAUGGGAAAUGAAACUUGCUCUCUGAUCUUUUCCUAUUUUCAGCCCAUAUUUCAUCGUGUAAAAUGAGAGUCCACCCAUCCUACCAAUGCAUGCAGCCAUCAUGCUGAA